GAAACUUCCCUACUCCCCUACGUUUGUGAAACAAAAAACCACCCUGUCAAGUUACCUUGUUAUCUCCAAAUUCCUUCUAUACUUGCUAUAUAUUCAACUUUAAUACAACUCUUAAUCAUAAUAUUCAUUCAUCCACCCAACUUUUCAGCUUGCACAACAGAACUAAACCAUGGGAGAAUUAGAACUAGAAGAUAACAGCCUCAACAAAACCGAAUCACAACAGCCUCUGGACCCUGUCCCUGAAGAGCGUUCCCCUCUUCAGGAACAUGAAUCAGAUAUCGUUAACCAAGAGCCUGAUCAAUCGGUCACAUCUACAGUCGAUGAUCAGAAGGUUGCAGAUGAUCAUGCUGAAAAUAAGGAAACAGAAAACCAUCAUGAUAACAAAGAUACUAAGGGCUCAAGUGACAAAGAUACUGGCCUUGCAAAAAUUGUAGCAGAGAAAAGAUUGGCUUUAAUUAAAGCAUGGGAAGAUAGUGAAAAGACAAAGGCGGAAAACAGGGCAUACAAGAAGCAAUCUGCUGUUGGAUUAUGGGAGGAAAGCAAGAAAGCAUCAAUAGAGGCUCAACUCAAGAAAUUUGAGGAAAAUUUGGAAAGAAAGAAGGUUGAGUAUGUUCUAAAAAUGAAAAACGACAUAGCUGAAAUCCAUCAGUAUGCUGAAGAGAAAAGGGCAAUUGUCGAGGCUCAGAAAAGGGAAGAAUUUCUUGACCUAGAAGAGACAGCUGCAAAAUUUCGUAGCCGUGGAGUUGCACCAAAGAAAUUUUUAGGAUGCUUUAGCAGUUAAGUCAUUUUGAAGCAAAUAAAAAGACUGAGUUCUUGAUGGAUUGGUUACUUGGUGUUCAAUUAUGUAUACUUUUAAAGUGUGGUUUGAGCUGUUAAUGCAUUAUCUGUUCUUAUAUGUAUUGUUUGAGUUAUAUAACAAAGAAUUCCAUAUUUCACAAUUACACAAUCAACACACUAACUUAUAGUCUUAUAUUUCGAGCCAACCUAUGAACCAAAAUUCCAUCAUUUUAAGACAGGCACAACACAAAUUUACAUGCAAGUGUUUUGCCAAGAACAUUUGAAAUAACAUGCAAAUGUUUAAAUAUAAUCAAACAUCCAUACAAAAUGUUAAAUAAAAUCACAUCAUUCUGAAACAGAAAACAUACAAAAUCAUUAUUCAUUUCCAGAGGUAAGACGUAUGAAUGAGAACAUAUUCAAUACAUUCACUCUGCUCCAUUUUCUGCCCUUGGUUUAAACCAUGCGGCCUUGAAUUUGGAAAAACUACCAGAAGAGGGGCUCUGGCCACCUUUUCCCUUUUGCUAGAGAAUCUUGUUUAAGCCUGGAAGGAGUGCCCAGUAUUUACAAUGUGCUCUGAAGAAAUGUUUCUUCGACAAAUUGGAUAUGUCCAAAACAAGUGGAAGUAAAAUCUAAUACAAAAAAAAAAAAAAAAAAA